AUGCCAGAGCUGUGCGAUGGGCAUCUCGAUGAACUCUUGAAAGAAGCGGCAAGCCGCCUAGCGACUAAACAGUCGUCGCGGCCGAAGGAUUGCAGCUUGAUCGCCGUCGCGGCCUUGCCUGUCGAUCCGACUACUGAAUCAAAGGCACAGCCCAAAGCACAAGACCCAAGAAGCAUUUCGCUUCGUGAUCCUAGGCCAGCGGAGGAAAAAUCACACGGUGAUGCUGGCCCUGGCUGGUUUGGGAUUCCUAAGACGGACCCUAACGACCCCGACCUGAAGCGAGAUCUGCAGAUUCUUCACAUGAGAGGAACUGCGAUUGAUCCCAAGCGGCACUACAAGAAGGAGUCGCUCAAGGCCAGGAUACCGCGGUACGCCCAUGUUGGACGUAUCAUUGAGGGCCCUACCGAAUUCCAUAGCGCUCGUUUGACGCGAAAGGAACGGAAACAGACGCUGGUAGAUGAACUGUUGAGUGCCGAAAAGGCGUCGGGCAAGUUCAGAUCCAAGUACGAGGACAUCCAAGUGAAGAAGGCGAGCGGCAGAAAGGCACACUACAAAAAGUUGAUAGAGCGACGCCGGCGCAACCGUCAUUAG